AUGAAGGUGAUUGAUGGGAGAUUCUCUAUAGAAGACAAUAUGACCAGCUUCUCCAUUACAAUGGCCGGGAUGAAGCCCCAGGAUUCUGAUAUAUAUCAGUGUGGCAUCGAGUUUACUGGCAAUGAUGCCAUGCACCCUAUCACUGUCACUGUUCUACCAGGUGUCUGUAGGGAGACUGCUCCUUGGGUGGAAAUGGUGGACUUUCCAGAAAACUUUAUAUUUGUUAAAGAGAAGGAUCUGGUGACUGUCUCGUGCCGGAAGCAGUUUGUGGAGAAGACAUUCAGGCUGGAGUGCAGACAGGUAUCCCAUGAAUUCCAGCUUUUCUCACGGUCUGAGGAGACAACUUGUGUAGAGAAAUGCAAAAAAGUUGAUCAGUGGGAUCCGGAUCUGACGUUUAAUCCAGAUGAAGAAUAUUAUGGGCCAGAUGAGUUGGUGGAGCUGUCGUGUCCUGCGGGAUAUAAACCCAACGACUCCAUCAUUCAGUGUAUAAGGGACAAGAACACGAGCAGCUGGAAUGUCACCCAGGUGUCCUGUGAGCCCCUCGGCCCUUCCCAAAGCAAAAAUCGAAUUCAUUACCCGAUUCACAGUUUCCUUUAUGAGAUUAAGGGAUGGGAAGAGAAGUCAGAGGCAGAGGCUGAUGCCCCAGAGGAGUGUAUCUAUGAGGUUGGAGACCCAGUGUAA